AUGUUUCUCCAAUACUCCUCACUUUUUCGAAUAUAAUUUGGCUUUCAGAGGAGGGGUUUCUCAGAAUCAGAUAAACCAGUGGAAUCUGUGGCAGAUUUAGAGUACAAAUGUGGCAGUUAGCAGUGGUGGUGGAGAGAGUGGGGGCAGGAGAAUAAUAAUAGUGGGGUCCGACAUUUAUAUCCCCACCACCCUUUUCCCUCCUCCGUCAACGCCCAAAACUCUUGUCAUUUGCGUUUCCACACACCCCCUUCAACACCUUUACUUCUCACACCCUCAUUCUCUCUCACUUUCUCCUUUUUCUUGGGUUUUCUUUCUCACAAAUUCAUCGCAAUCCUUCUCAAUUUUUUCUUUCUUUUUGGCGUGCAGACAACAAUCUAAGUGCCCACCAAACCAAUGAGAUUUUUCUAUUUUUUUUAUGGAAUUUGUUUUCGAAAUGGAUUUAUUAUAGCUUUUGCAGUACAGGUUGGAGAUUCUCUUUAGGUGGGAGUCUCUGGGACGGGGGUUUUUUGCUGGGUUAUUUUUUUUGGGUGGCGGUUUGGGUUUGAGAAGUGGCAGUGAUGGUGAGGAAACAUGGAUGGCAACUACCAGCCCAUACUUUCCAGGUUGUUGCAAUCACUGUAUUCUGCUUGUUAGUCGUUGCCUUCUAUGCUUUCUUUGCCCCUUUUGUUGGAGGCCGGAUCUGGGAGUACGCAUUGAUCGGCACUUACUCUCCGGUGGCACUCCUUGUUUUCAUUCUUUAUGUUCGGUGCACUGCAAUCAACCCGGCAGAUCCUGGCAUUUUGUCCAAAUUUGAUAAUCAAGCAAUUGAUGAACCCAACACAAAGCAUGGAUUAUCAGCCAAGGACUUGCCCACAAAAUUUGAUGAAAUUGGGAAUGGGCCACAGUCUUCUCCAUCAUCAGCUUCUAGAAGUUCUAUAGCAGCAGCUAACUCUAGCAGGAAAGGUUCAGUGGGUGAAGUUGGGAAGGUAGAUAUUCCUGUGAAAUCUCCAAGUAGGAAAUCAUCUUGUUGUAAUUUUGGAGGAAUUUUCUGCGCAUUGUUUGUACAUGAGGAUUGCCGCAAACAAGAAGGUACAGCUGAGCAACAGGGCGCAGGUGAAGAUGCUUUAUUCUGCACAUUGUGCAAUGCUGAGGUACGCAAAUUCAGCAAACACUGUAGAAGUUGUGACAAAUGUGUGGAUGGAUUUGAUCACCAUUGUCGGUGGCUUAACAAUUGUGUGGGGAGGAAAAAUUAUGUAACUUUUAUCUCCCUUAUGGCCAUCAGUCUCAUUUGGCUUGUUAUCGAAGUUGGAGUUGGUAUUGCUGUCCUAGUGCGUUGCUUUGUUAAUAAGAAAGGCAUGGAGACUGAAAUCAUUGAUAGACUUGGAAAUGGUUUCUCCCGUGCUCCAUUUGCAACUGUUGUGGUCAUAUGUUCUGCAGUUUCAUUGCUGGCUUGUGUACCUUUGGGUGAACUUUUCUUUUUCCACAUAAUACUGAUUAGAAAGGGUAUUACAACGUAUGAGUAUGUUGUGGCGAUGAGGGCCAUGAGUGAGGCACCAGCAGGAGCAUCUGUUGAUGAAGAAUUGCCGAAUGUGCUAUACUCACCAUCAGGAUCAGCGACAACUGGCUUGAGUGGUGGAAGUUCCCUGGGACUGCAAUACAAGGGGGCAUGGUGUACCCCUCCGAGAGUCUUUGUUGAUUAUCAGGAUGAAGUUAUACCUCACUUGGAUCCUGGAAUGGUCCCAUCUACUGUGGAUCCAGAUGCAGCUGGAUUUGCAGAAAGAGGGAACAAGGUUCCUAAAAGGCCAGUCCGGAUCAGUGCUUGGAGGCUUGCAAAGUUAGAUUCAAAUGAGGCCGUGAGAGCAGCAGCCAAAGCGAGGGCAUCCUCUUCCGUUCUCCGGCCAGUUGACAACCGCCAUGUAGCAGAUCCUGAAUUGAGUUCCAGUGGGAACAUAAGUGUCACAAGCAGUUUGAGCACAGACAUGGGGGCAAAUAAGGAACUCAAGAAUGAUCUGAGACUUUCUCCCAUCAGAAACUCUCUUGCUCCUAGUCAAGGUAGUCGGGAUGAAUAUGAGACUGGGACUCAAAGUGUUAGUAGCUUCAGCAGUCCUAGCCAUGUUCAUGAAUCGGUCACACUAAGCCCUCUCCCACAAGCUCAUGGUGUGGGUCACUUUACUGCAGCUACCUCAGCUCCUACCUUUGUUCAUGAUCGACCAUUUACUUCUAGAGCAGUAUUUCCUAAUAUCAGCCACCAGUCGACCCAUCCUUCUACUGGAUUUGAAGAAAAAAUCAUUCAAAAAGGAGGCAGUACUGAUCCCUUAUUGCUUUCUGCUCCAGCUGCUUCUCUACUUAGAGAUGUGAAAAGGACAUCAGUGGUGUGGGACCAAGAAGCCGGAAGAUAUGUAUCAGUCCCUGUAUCAGCUUCAGAAGCUCGAAACAGAUCAACCAUACAAAUAGGAAUAUCAAACCCUACCACAGAAAUGGGUGGCUAUGGUAGAAGACCUGUUGUUCCACCUCAAGAAUCUACAUCAUCUGCGUUAAAGGCUCCAGCUCAGCAAUCUGAGAAGCUGAUGUAUACAGGAGAGUCUAUCUUCUUUGGUGGCCCGCGGUUGAUUGUUCCAGUUAGGGAUGGUUUGAGAAAUGAGAGGGGUUCAGGGCCAAGAGAGGGCCAAGAGAGGGUGGCGCUGAACUUGCCCAGGGAGUCAAGAUUCAAGAGGGAUUCAGCCUCAAACCAGCUUCCUGUGUUCAUCCCUGGGGGUUUCGAGCAGAAGCCUCCAUCUGGGUUGGGUUUAAAGUAGUUGAUGACUUUGAAGUAAAUGUAUGAUUUUUUCCCUCCAGCUAUCAGGGUUGAUGAAUGGAGUGCUAUGCAAAUCGAAGAGACCUGUGCUAGGAGCUGCUCUUGACCCGCCACUAACAUGAUUGAAUUGCGAGCCUUUGAGCAGGUCUUCCUCAGGGACAGGUUUUCUGACUUGGUGCAUCCAAGGAGGGGAGAAGUUUUCCAGGUCAGGAUGUGAUCCUAGAAACUCUUCUCUCUUACAUUGUGGCCAAAGCUUUUUGCUCUCUCUAAAAAUCAUUUUAGCCCUGUAUGACUGAGCUUCAUUUAUAGGUCUUGAAAAUUCAUCACUUUAGUCUCAAUUUAACUAUUUCUGAUUCCUCUUGUUGAUCUCCCAUAUUUGGUCAUACUCUGUAGUUUUUGAAUGGAAGAGGCAUGUUUAGGUGGGGAGAAAACCCAAUUCCUGCUAAGAGUGAUGAUGUAACGACCCACUCCUUUUAUGUAGAUAUUGUUUGUUCCUAGUUCCUCACAACUUUAAAAUGCAUUUAUAUAGUUAAGAUGA